CUCUUACCUAUGGUUCGUCACGCCAAAAACGCUACCGCAUCUUCAGUGUUCUCCUACGCCGAGAGGCAAACAGCUGCCGCCCAUUAUGGAACAACAAGGAGAAAGCGAUUAGGCCAUGAGUCUAUGCUUGCUUUCGACUGUUGCAGUCUCUGUCUCCAAACGGCCCGCGAACCUGUGGUCUGUAAGAGUGGCCAUCUAUUUUGCAAAGAGUGCGCCGUCAACGAUCUGCUGGGGCAAAAGAAAGAGCUCAAACGCCAGAAGGAACAGGCGGAGAAAAUCAAGAAGCAAAUCGAGGCGGAUGUCGAGGCUGCAAAAGCGGCCGCACGAGAUCGCGUUUUGCAAGACUUUGAACGAGGCCAACUCGGCAUUGGUUCUUCUUCGUCAUCAGCCAGCACGUCAACAACCGAUUCCACCACCACCACUGGCGGCAAACGAUCCUUCUCUACUGCUUUUGAGUUCUCUUCUGCCCAUGUCUCAGACCUCGUGGCCAAAGCUGAAGAAGCAGCAGCGCGGUUAAUAGCGAAAGAAAAGGCAGAGGCAGCAAAAGCCGUCUUGCCUGACUUCUGGCUACCUUCUCUCACGCCAACCUUUGGUGGCAUUGCCCAACGCGACAUUCAGGCCGCGGGUGGAGCGCAAAGCAAAGAACUGAAGCCAGGUGUUGUCUGCCGUGGUGGAGGCGAAAGACAUUCACUCGCCCUCAAAGAUCUAACUCCUGUCAAGUUUACUUUCUUUCGUGAAGGCAAAGAAGAGGACAAGGACAUCAAAUCCACUGGCGAGGCGGUCUGCCAACCUUGCAUGAAGAAAUUGUCCAAUAAUGUUGUCAUGUUCUUAAUGAAGCCCUGUUCUCACGUUGUGUGUAAAACCUGCAAAGAGAAAUUGAUGAACGACGGCGACAACUGUGCUUGCGUUGUCUGCGAAACCCCUUUGAAAAAAAAGGACAUGCUGGAACUACAUCGAGAAGGCACGGGUUUUGCGGGUGGCGGCAUGGCAGAGACGAGUCGUGCAGGAAUGGCAUUCCAAGCUUAA